AUGGACACGUCAAGGGAUACCGCCAAGAGAACGUCGGUAGAAGCUAGUACACAGGUCGGAGAUGACGAGGAAAUUACGACUGGUGUGAAGAGGCUGCGUAAGACCUGUGUUACAGGAAUUCACCAGGGCGACGGUGCAAAAAAACUACAAGGAUUUGCUGAGACCACGUCGUGUGAUGAGCAUCAGUACAAGAAAGAGUUUUACUGUGAAACAUGUCAAGAACUGAUUUGCAGGUUCUGCUCGUUACGUGACGAUCAUGAAUCUCAUCAUUACGUUACUGUUGAAGAAGCUUCGGCAAAAUUUAAACAUGACUUGAACGAUAAGUUGCAGUUACUCAACACAGACUUGGUCAAAAUAGACCAAAAUUUGAUGUCCAUAUCUCAAGCCGAACAGACAUUCAGCUCCCGAGUUACUCAGGCAUUAGGCGUCGUGCAAGACAGAGCUGCUCGGGCAAUGAAAGAAGUCGAAGCAGAAGAGAAACGAGUUUUGGAUGAACUGAAACAACGAGAAAAGGAUAACGGACAAACAUUGGAAGAGAAAAGGAAAAUACUGCUUGAACUGCAGAAACAGAAACUGCAUACGUUGGCUGUAGCCGAGGCUGCCAAUCAGGAAGACUUUAGCAGCAUUUUUUUGGUCCGCUACACUGACAUACGCAUGCAGUUGCAAAAGCGUGGUUGCGAACGUCCUCCCAAAAGCGACGUCAAACUUGUAUACCCAACGUUUCAACGGAGUCAAAACAUUGGUGCCGUCGAUCUUGGUAAGGUGGUGAUGGAGGACACGUGGGAGCUGUGUCAUGAAUUUGGGAAACAAGGACAAGGUGUAGGGGAGUUUGAAACAGCCAGAGGAGUUGCUGCUGCUGCUGAACCUGACGAGAUUGCUGUGACGGACUGGAAAAACAGGCGCUUCGUCAUCUGUAACAAUCAGGGGGGAAUUAAAGGCUACAUUUCCGGAGAUUCAGAUGACGUAACGAUUAUGCCGGAUGGAUGGGUGGUUGCUAGCCAACGAGACGUCAAGGUGUACACAAGAUACAUGACGCUAGCAUAUGAGUUCAAGACAGUAGCUGAGAGUGAGGUUGGCAAGACAGAGGUACGCCUCGUGAGUGUAACAGUCAUGCAGAAUGGAGACAUCAUAGCCGGCGAUAUCAAACGGAAGGUGUUGACGCAACAUCAGUCGGGAAAAAGGGGCAAACUCAUACGCACCAUACCGGUUUCGAUACGACCUGACUUCUUGUCUGUACUGAGCAAUGGUUGGAUUGUGAUCAGUGACUAUGAAGAGGGACUAGCGGGCAUAGUGGAUGUGUCUGAUGGCAAAGCUGCUGAAGUCGCCACCGUCCGACCAACCAUCGACGGCGAUCCAGUGAAUCACUGCGCGGGUGUUUGCAGCAACAGCUCGGGUAUCUACCUUGUGGUGAGCACAGGCUUCGUCAACAGCGGUCACGUUCACCACUAUGAUGAUUUAGGUCAGUUUGUCAGCUGUGUGGCCCAGGGACUAUACAAUCCCACAGGAAUCGCAUUCACAGCCGAUGGGCAGCAGCUGGCAGUGGCUGACCUCCAUUCAGUUAAGAUAUAUCACAAGGUGUAA